AUGGCCACAGUUACAACUACGGUCGUCUCUGAGCCUACUCAGGCUCAGUCCGCGAAGACCAACCCAAACCUGCACGGUCUGGGCCGCAUGCGCCUUGACGGCACAGAUCCCAAGUUUAACGACUAUCGCGAUGUACUAGCUCGUGACGGUUACUGUGUCGUCAAGGGAGCUAUCCCCCGUGAAAGAGCUCUCAAAUAUGCCGAUGAGAUGUACUCUUGGCUGGAGGGAUUCAACCUCGGAUUCGACCGCAAUGACCUCUCAAGUGUUCACAAGGACAAGCUGCCUGUUAUCACCGAGAAAGGAAUGUGCUUGCAGUACGCUGUCACCCAUGAGGACUUUGCGUGGCAGAUUCGGAGCGAGCCUGGUGUGAUCGGACCGUUCGAGAAGGUCUAUGACGACGAGGACCUCAUUGUUUCCUUUGACGCUGUGAACUUUGGUUUCCCUAACCGGACAGAUCUCCCUCCCAACACACCCUGGCCCCACCAGGACCAGAACCCUGAAAAGCCCGGCUUCCGCUGCCUCCAGGGACUUGUGAACCUGCUACCCAACGGCCCCGACGACGGCGGUCUCAUCGUCUGCCGCGGCGGUCACCUCCUUUCUGAGCAGUUCCACCGCGAGAUGGCCGAUGAGCCUCGCAUCCCGGCCUGGACGCCCGAGUGGUACGGCUUCACAGACCGUGGAAUGAAAUGGCUCGAGGAGCACGGCUUGGAAUGGGUCAAGGUAUGCGCAGAGCCCGGCGAUCUGCUCCUGUGGGACUCCCGCACACCGCACUACAACCUCAGCUCGAAGACCAAGCAGCCUCGCUUCUGCAUCUACACCUGCUACAUGCCUGUGGCGGACGCGACGCAGGAAGACCUGAUCCGGAAGAAGGAUGCGUUUGAGAGAUGGGUUGGUACUACGCACUGGCCUAAUGCGAUGCACACCGGGUCGAAUGUCGCCAAGCGCGACGGUCAAGAUGACCCCCACAACCGGUUUGAACCUGUCAACAAGCCGGUCCUCAGCGAACGGGCGUUCAAGCUGACGGGUAUCCCGUAUAUCAAGGCUUAA